GGCAACCUCUGGCCACUGCGGACGAGGGCGUGAGAUGUACGUUCCUCCCAUCGAUUGAUCAGUGUCUUAGCCUCACGCUCGCACGCACGCAAUAUGGCUGUGGCUGCUCGCACGUGAGUGUGACCCGUGGCUGAGUGAUCGGGCGAGCCUGCGUGUGGCGGCGGAGAGGCCUUAGGUUGGUGCAGGAGAGGUGGGCGUGUGGUGUGGUGGUGGCAGUGGUCGUGUGGCGAGUGACGGGUGCUCGCUCCCCAACACGUGGUGCCUGAGGGGGGGCGUGGUGCUGGCGGCCCUCGACAGGUGCUCUCAGGUGACGGCACAAAGGUGGGACGCGACCCUCCACGGCACUGCAGAGAGGGGCCUUUCAACACACCCUGCCUCGCUCCGCCCUGCUCUUAGUGGUUGACGAGGAGCAGUGCGCGUGGAGCAGGUUUUGGCUUGUCGUCCAGCAGGCAGUGACCUGGUAGCAGCACUCCUCAGAGCAGGGGGCCGCCAAGCAUGACAGGGCGGCGAAGGAGGCCCUGCAUACUCGCUGCCCACCUGUGUCUUGGCGUGCAGGGGCCGUGGGUGCCCCAGCUCACCGCCACCCUCCCGGUCCACGUGGUUCAUUACUGUAAGCUCCUUUGACGCCGUCUUUCCCACUUCUGCGUCUUCCAUUUUCCACCUCAACUCCCACCAGGCAGUCGUCCAGCAGUUCCUCCUCGCUUCCUCCGGUGCCCUUAGCCUUUUGUGCCUCAGGCUGGAGUGUCGGUGCCUUCUGUCGUGACUCGCUGUGGUGUUGGGUGCACUGACGUGUAGUGGGGACGACUUGGUGUGGCACGGUGUGUGCGUCUCAUGCUGGACUCGUGCAAUGGUGUGUUUCGUGCCGAGUGUCCAGAUCUUGUCGGUGGUGAGAGUCAGGCGGUAGAGGCAAUUGUGGUAUACUACUGCUGCUGCUGCUGCUGCUGUCGGUGUAGCGAGGGGACUAAUAACUGACUGAGGCGAGUUACGUGGUGAGUCAUGUGUGGUGUCGGCCUACACGAGGUGACAGAGGCCCGAGGUGAGUGAAACAGUAAAGCAGUGGCCGCUAGUGCAGACUUGAGAGUGUUGGCGGUGCAGCAGCAGCAUGGUGCGCGUGUCGUGGGGCGGCGAGGUGGUCAUUGCCGAUCUGGCCCAUGUUGGGGAGGACGGCGGCAACGGGGGAGAGGGGGGCCACUCUCUCCCCACCAACGGGAUCCCCACCUCCACCACUCCCCAGGCUCUCACGCCCACUGCCUCGGCCACGCCCUCGGAGACGCCCACCAUCUCCCCGGCGCCUACAGUGUCAACGCCUCCCACGGUGUCGCCGCCGCCGCGCGCCCCCACUGCCAUGGUAGAGGGCCUGUCUGACGGGGACGAGAGCGCUGUGUCCACCUCCUUCUCGGACGACCACCGCUCAUUGAGGGACGACCUGCGUGACGACUUCAGCUCUCCGCGGCCACGUAGCCCGCGGCGCCGCCUGGAGAAGCGGCCGCUCAGCAAGGUGACCGAGGACGACAACAACAACGGCAAUGGCGACGGCAACGGUAACGGCGACAAGAGUGCCAACAGUGCCAAGAGCAACGGCGACGUGACGCUCAGCAAGGAUGAGUACCGCCGCUUCCUCACACUGAAGGGCAGUCCCCCAGACUCCCAGAAACCCCCGGAGCCCUCCGCCCCGCCCCCUGACGACGAGAUCCUUACCUCAGUGGACCGCAUGCUGGCCACCCUCAGCGACCUGGAGGACGACCUCGAGCCCAUCGACGGUGUGGACACCGAGAGUGACGCAGACAGCGACGAGGCCGAGGCCAGACGGGAACUCCUCACCGACAGAUGGCGGCAGCUGUUCGACAAGUUUGACUUGGAGGGAUUUGGCGAGAUUCCGUGGCCAGAUUUCCGAAACGCCCUGGUCCACCCGGAGUUCGUGGCGGCAGUGGACUUGCACAAGCGGGAGCAACUGGCAGCCAAGUCCCUCACGCCGACCACCACCGCCAUCACCUUCAGGACUUCGUCAAUGUGGCGAAGAGAGGAUGUUGGUUGCUUGGGAGAACAGGAGGGAAAGGCGGUCUCGGCUUUGCCUGCACUACACUCUCCCGGUGGCCUCACUCAAGGCUAAGUCACUAAGAAUCCUCGCUCAAGACUUGAGAGAUGGGCGGGAGAUUUUCAGCUUCACUGGGCUGGGAGUGAUAUGCGAAAACCAGUCAAAAGUGCGGCCGGCCUGGCGUGAGUUGCAGUAUUUGGUGUGGAAAUGCAGCCCACCAUAACAGCUUUGCCGCGGAGGUUCACCCAGCAUAACGCUGACACAUCCCGCCAAGCUACACGCUGCGCAUCACGUCCCCAGCCUAUGGAGAAUGCAGCGUGAGGGUGUGUGAGGAGCCUCUCUCUCUCUCUCUCUCUCUCUCUCUCUCUCUCUCUCUCUCUCUCUCUCUCUCUCUCUCUCUCUGUUCCUGUCUCUCUAUUUGUCUCUCAUCAAGGCAGCGUCAAGGUGCAGCUCAAGACACACAUGCGGAGCUCCUGAGAUUUCAUUUUCUUGUCAUGUCAGAGAAAAGUGAUGAGAAAGUUGUGUAUGUGUGUAUGUGUAUGUGUGUGUGGGUGAGUGAGCGGGCAAUAGGUGGAUAGAGGA